CAAACCUUACCCAAAAAUCUAGGACCACCAGAAAUUCUCGUCCGGGUAGGAUGCAGCUCUUGUCUGGAUCCGAUUUCUUCGGAUCCGCAGACAGCUUAGAUUUCCAAACUAAUGAGACCAACGAACCAACAGAGUUCAAUCCCACCCGAGAUCCCCAAAACCCUAAAACCCUAAAAAAAGGGUCGCUCCUUUUUCUCUUCUCCCCCGAAAGCGAUCCUUUUCUCUUCGCCAGGAUCUCGAAAUCUCAAUACAUGUGCUAUAUCAAAGCCCUAGUGCUCGCCCAAUCCCUCAAUUCCCCGAAAAACCCUACUCAAAUCUUCCUUUUCUGCUUAGAUUUUUACUAGGAAAUGAAGCCCCUUUUCGCCUGCAAUGAGACCGCUUCUUCAACUUGGGCGAAGAACCGGUCAGAGCUUUCUCCUCUCACGUCUCAGAACCCGGCCUUGUUUCAAUUUCUGCAGCAAUGGGGAUCGAUCCAAUGAUGAAGAAAAGGAAAGAUCCGAUUUUGAUCGUAACUACGACGAUACCCUCCUCAGUCUCCCUCCUUUCAAAGAGCACGAGGAGGAGUUCACCCCCCGCCGGAGAUUUUUCAGAAACAUCAAGCUCGAAGCUGAUAAAAUCUUUGAGAUUUUGCAGCAAGAUGGGCCGGGGUUCAACACGAGAUCAGCCCUCGAAGAGCUCAACCUGAAAGUAUCAAAUGCUCUAGUUAGAGAAGUUCUUUUGCAAAUUUUGAUAUCUAUCAAUGAUGCCAAUAAGCUUCGAUGCGCGAAGCUCGCUUAUAAAUUCUUCACUUGGUCGGGUCAGAAAGAGGAUUAUAAGCAUACUUCCAAUGCCUACAAUCUAAUCAUAAAGAUUUUUGCAGAGACUGAAGAAUUGAAGGCAAUGUGGAGAUUGGUCGAUGAGAUGACCGAAAAUGGUUUGCCGGUUACUGCUUAUACUUUCAAUUUACUUAUUUGUUCUUGUGGUGAAGCUGGUAUGGCCCGAAAAUUAGUAGAAAGGUUUUUGAAGUCGAAAACUUUUAAUUAUAGGCCUUUCAAGCAUUCGUUUAAUGCGAUACUAUACUCAUUAUUAACAGUGAAUCAAUUUAGAUUGAUUGAAUGGGUUUAUCAGAAGAUGGUUUUAGAGGGGCAUUCACCCGAUAUCUUGACUUAUAAUGUGAUUAUGCGAGCAAAAUACAAGUUGGGCAAGCUCGAUCAGUUCCAUACGAUACUCGAUGAAAUGGGUAAAAAUGGGUUUGCUCCUGAUUUGCAUACUUUCAAUCUUUUGCUUCAUGUGCUUGGAAAAGCCGACAAACCUUAUGCUGCACUUGAAUUAUUGGAGUAUAUGGAUCUUGUCGGUUGUAGUCCGAGUGUACUCCAUUUCACUACACUCAUUGAUGGGCUCGGUCGUGCAGGGAAUCUUGAUGCUUGCAAGUAUUUCUUUGAUAUGAUGCUUAAAAAAGGGUGCAAGCCUGAUGUUGUGUGUUAUACUGUAAUGAUAGCAGGAUAUGUAGCUGGUGGUGAAUUUGACAAGGCUUAUGAACUGUUUAAUGAUAUGACAAUAAAAGGUCUUCUGCCUAAUGUUUUCACGUAUAAUUCGAUGAUUAAAGGGCUUUGUGUUUCUGGGAAAUUCGACGAGGCUUGUUCUAUGCUGAAAAGUAUGGAUAGUAGGGGAUGUACUCCGAAUUUUUCUGUGUAUAGUACGUUGGUAUUGAAGUUAAGAAAUGCUGGUAAAGCUUCAAAAGCCGAUGAAAUAAUCAGUUUUAUGGUGGAGAAGGGACAUUAUCUCCAUUUAGUAUCGAAGUUUCGAGGAUAUAGGAGAUGCUGAUGGAAAAGACUGCAUAAAGGAAACCUGUUGUUCUCUUAUUAAGACUUUUUCUGCCAAAAUGGUAAGAAUCAUUGCUGAGCAAUCUUGUCUUUCAUUCUUAUAAAUAUCUUGUGACUACUAUAUGAUCUUUUUUAAUCAAAGAAGCCAAAAAGGAAUGUUGCCUGUAUUGCAUUAGUGGCAUACAGUAAGUCAAGCACCUGUCGGAAGAAGUAAUGCAAUCUUCAUAUGUAACUACAUCAGGGCUGUCAGGGCGUAUGUUGUAAAAGCUUCACAGUUCGGUGUAUAUAUUGCUAUUUUGAAUUCGGCGACAAACAAGUUCUACAUCACAGAUCCUGUCACUGGAUUGGAUAUAAUCAAAAAGCAGGAAAUUUUGGUCUUUUGAGAUUUUCGAUGUCAGAGAUGAGAAGUUUGGAUCAAUGAUAUCGAGCCCCUAGCCCUCACUUUCUCUUAUGUCUUAUUGUUGCUUCAAGGACUCUAGAGGGAAGCCUUGCCUCGCAUUGAAGAACGAUACAGGCAGUUGCUUUGGAAUAUAGACUAUGAGAGAUUAUUUGAAUGAUACAUGGGUCAAAGAGUAUGUAAGUUCAGUGGCAGUAUGCUGUCAGGUUUACACGGUUAUAUUUGUGUUCCAGGUAUAGUAGAUGAAGAUUUUAUCUUAACGUUCUGUGAUGAAAGUUUUAUUGGCAUGCUAUAGUUAUAAUCCUUGUAGUAAAGUUCUGCUCAAACUGUUCGAUGGAGCUAUGGAUAUUGUUGUUUAUGGGGAAAGCUUUAUUUCGUCAGAAAAGUUGUUGAAGGUAUCUCCAGAAGAUGUAUAGAGGAUGGAGAUGAGAAAUGCAGGCAUAAUGUUGCAUCAUGCAAUUUAUCGAUGCUAUGUUACAUUGUUGCACAUGGCAUGUAAAUUUUGAUGUCAAUUAGAAAUUUCUUUCCUUGAAAAAAACAAGCAUCAAUAGGGUAAAACUCUGUUCAGGCAUCUAUUGUCAAUAGAGCAUAUUUUUGCAUCUAAUAAUCUUGUAAGUUGUAUUUUUAACCUUUUAUUGCCAUAAUUUUGUUGUAACUGAAAAUCUUAGUUCAGAUACAUGUAGUAUGUUGGUAUAGUUUUUGUGUAUAGUAUGUUGGUAUCAAGGCUGCGAAAUGAAGGAAAAGCUUCGGAAGCCGAUGAAAUAAUCAGUUUUUAUGGUGAAAAGGGACAUUAUCUCCAUUUAGCAUCGAAGUUUUGAGGAUGUAGGAGAUGCUAGUGGAAAAGAUUGCACAAAGGAAACCUGUUGCUCUCUAAUGAAGAAUUUUGCUGCCAAAAUUGUAGAGAUCAAUCAUUGUUGAGCAAUCUUCUGUUUCAUUCUUGUAAGCUGUAGUAUCUUGAAACCAUUAUACAAUGUUUUUAAGGAUUUGAAUCAAAGAAGCCAAGGGAAAGUUACAUA